AUGUCCCCCUGGGACACCUGGAUGGCCUUCCUCAGGCACAAUGACAAGGAAGACGCUGCCAAGAAGAACAGAGGCAAAGGCAGAAGGCCGAGGCCAGGCCUGCCAGGGCUCUCGGAGCGCAGCGACGCCCUGAGCUUCCCCAGCCCCAUCAUCUCAUCAGCAGAACUGAUGAAGGAGUUCCGGCUGAUGAUAAAAGAUUUGGCGCCGCGAGGGCACACCCAAGAGGACCUGGAGGCUGCAGCGGCGAACAAGGACACGGUGGCCCUGCUGGCGGAGGCCCUGGCCUUGGGCCCGAGGAGCGUCGAGGCCGCCUUCCACUGCCGCCUGCACCCCAACGUGCCGGUUGAGCGGCGCACGCUGCACGAGCUCGGUGGCUACUACCUGCCCAACUCCGAGGGCACCUUCCACCGAGGCCUGGGCCUGAACCUGACCAGCGGCCAGUACACAGCGCCCAUUGCUGGCUUCUACGAGCUCGCCGCCACGCUGCACAAGGCCCGACCUAGACAGCUGUCCCCUUGGCACUUUGCCGGGCUGCGUGUCAGCCGUGAGCGCCUUGUGACACUGGUGGGCUCCCUGGAGGCUGUCGCGGGCCUGCAGAGCUGCAGUGAGCUCUUCACCAUCUCUGUGAACGGUGUUCUCUAUCUGCAGAUGGGGCAGUACACCUCCGUUUUCCUCGAAAACGCCAGUGGCUCCCUUGUCACUGUGCGCAGCGGCUCCCAGUUCAGCGCCAUCCUCCUCGGUAUCUGAGCAGUCCUGCCGGGUGAACCGAGUCGGGUCCCCACAACUGCUGGCAGUGCUGGAGUGGCAGAGGCCACGAGGAAGCCCACUCACCUCCCCACGGUGGCUCCCCAAGUUCAGCCCAGAGAUGGC